UUUUCGCCACAUCUCUUCUCUUCCAUUGCAUGAAGUGUUUGUGUAUUUGCUUUUUCCCCUUCGCGUCUUCCUUUUCUUUCCCCCUCGCAUAUGAUAUAUAUCUGCCUCUCCCUCUUCUCUUUCCUUUCUCUCUCACAAAAACAAUCUAAACUCUCUACAUUCGCAUCCGCUCUCCCUCUCUCAGAAGAAGAAGAACCAAAUUGCACGAAUCAGAAACCAGACGGGAAGAAUUCGACAGAGUAAGGGAAGGAAGAGGGAAUUUGGUAGGAAGAGGAAAAUUUGGAGAGCAAAGGGCUGCUUCAAUUCAUUCGGAAGGUGUUUUCCGAAGUUAUGAGUAGCUGCUGAGGGGAAAGGGAGAACCUUUUCGUUUCUCGGUGGCGUCUGCCUGUGCUUUGCGGGUGCGAUGAAGAGGUCAAGAGAUGAGGUCCAUAUGGCCUCGCAGCUUAAACGGCCCAUGAUCCCGUCCAGAGGAGAAACUUCGGGGCACCCUCAGAUGCUGGGAGGAGUUGGAGCAGCAGUAGCUGGGGGUGCUGGAGGAGGUGGUGGAGCAUCAGCAGCAGCAGCAGCAGCAGGAGGUGCAGCGCAGAAGCUUACCACGAAUGAUGCACUGGCUUAUCUCAAGGCUGUAAAGGAGAUAUUUCAGGACAAACGGGACAAAUAUGAUGAUUUUCUUGAGGUUAUGAAAGAUUUCAAAGCUCAAAGAAUUGACACUGCUGGCGUCAUAGGAAGGGUGAAGGACUUAUUCAAAGGGCAUCGUGACCUGAUUUUGGGUUUUAAUACCUUCUUGCCUAAGGGAUAUGAGAUCACACUUCCACUGGAAGACGAGCAACUUCCACAGAAGAAGCCAGUGGAAUUUGAAGAAGCAAUUAGUUUUGUCAACAAAAUUAAGAUGAGGUUUCAAGGUGACGAUCACGUUUACAAAGCUUUUUUAGAUAUUCUGAACAUGUACAGAAAGGAUAAUAAAUCCAUCACGGAGGUUUACGAGGAGGUGGCUACACUUUUUAAAGACCACCAUGAUCUGCUUCGGGAGUUUACUCACUUCCUACCUGAUAAUUCUGCUUCAGCCUCUGCUCAUUAUGUCUCUUCGAAUAGGAACUCCAUUCUUCGUGAUAGGAGCUCUGCAAUGCCUGCGAUGCGUCAAAUGCAUGUUGACAAGAAAGAACGCACUCAUCCCGAUCGUGAUUUCAGUGUUGAUCGCCCUGAUCCAGACCAUGAUAGGGCUCUGGUGAGAGCAGCAGAUAGAGAGCAAAGGAGGCGAGUUGAAAAAGAAAAAGAUAGAAGAGAAGAUAGAGAUAAGAGAGAACGUGAUGAUAGAGACUAUGAGCAUGAUGCAAAUCAUGACUAUAGCAUGCAACGGUUUCCUCACAAGCGGAAACCUGGUCGUAAGUUGGAAGAUUCUGGUGCUGAGCACCAAGUUGGAAUGGGGGAUGAUAACUAUGGAAUGCAUCCCAUUUCAUCCAAUUAUGAUGAUAAAAGUGCGGUUAAAAGUGCAUUGAGCCAAGAACUUGCUUUCUGUGAGAAAGUGAAAGAGAAGUUGCGUAAUCCUGAUGCUUACCAGGAAUUUUUGAGGUGCCUCCAUCUUUACACAGAAGAAAUCAUCACUCCACCAGAGUUACAAUCUUUGGUGGCAGAUUUAAUUGGAAGAUAUCCUGAUCUUAUGGAUGGCUUCAAUGACUUUUUGUCACGUUGUGAAAAGAAUGGUAAUUUUCUAGCAUCUGCUGUGUUUCCCCAACCCUUUUUGAAUGAAGGUAAUUUCCCUAGACCUUUGAAGGCAGAGGACAGGGACAGAGAUCGUGUGCUCGAGAGGGAUGAUGGGACCAAAGAAAGGGACCGUGAAAUGCGGGAAAGAGAUAGACUUGACAAAAAUGCAGCCUUUAUCAAUAAGGACACAGGAGCUCAAAAGAUGCCCUUGUAUUCUAGCAAGGACAAGUUUCUGUGGAAACCUGUCAGCGAACUGGACCUGUCUAACUGUGACAGCUGCACUCCAAGUUAUCGGCUUCUUCCAAAGAAUUAUCCCAUUCCUGUGGCAAGCGCAAAGAAAGGGAUUGGCGCUGAAGUUCUGAAUGACCAUUGGGUAUCCGUGACUUCUGGGAGUGAAGAUUACUCAUUUAAGCACAUGCGCAAGAACCAGUACGAAGAAAGCCUAUUCCGAUGUGAGGAUGACAGGUUUGAGCUGGAUAUGUUGUUGGAAUCUGUCAAUGUCACAACCAAGCGUGUCGAAGAGUUGCUGGAGAAAAUCAACAACUCAAACAAAGAAGAUGCUCCCAUUUGUCUAGAGAAACACCUAACAGCUCUAAAUCUGAGGUGCAUUGAGCGUUUAUACGGCGACCAUGGACUUGAUGUAAUGGACGUAUUAAGAAAGAACACUUCUCCAGCUCUGCCUGUGAUAUUAACUCGUUUGAAGCAGAAACAAGAAGAGUGGGCUAGAUGUCGUGCAGAUUUCAACAAAGUAUGGGCUGAAAUCUACUCUAAGAACUAUCACAAGUCACUUGAUCAUAGGAGCUUCUAUUUCAAGCAGCAGGAUACAAAGAGCUUGAGCACCAAAGCGCUUUUGGCAGAGAUAAAAGAAAUUAGCGAGAACAAACGCAAAGAUGAUGACAUGCUGCUAGCAUUUGCUGCCGGAAACAAGCGUCCAAUUGUACCUAAUCUGGAAUUUGAGUAUUCCGAUCCUGAUGUCCAUGAGGAUCUGUAUCAGCUCAUCAAGUACUCUUGUGGGGAAGUUUGUACAACUGAACAGCUGGAUAAGGUCAUGAAGAUCUGGACCACUUUCUUAGAACCAAUGCUUGGUGUUCCUUCUCGACCUCAUGGUGCAGCAGAUGACACUGAAGAUGUCAUGAAGGCAAAGACUCUUUCUUUCAAGCACGGAGAAAGUGAUGGAAGCCCCAGCGGUGGUGCUACCUUGGGCAGCUCAAAACACAUAGUUAAUCCUUCAAGAAAUGGAGAAGAACGUAUCCAGCCUGAGCAGCAGUCAAGUUCGACCAAGGUCUGGUUGGAUAAUGGAGUUAAAGAAAAUGGUUCUCCUGCCACCACCAACCAUACUGCUUGUAAAAAUGAUACUUCCUGCAGUACCCUUCAGCAUGAUAGUAAGUUACAGAUUGCUCCAUCUGCAGCUGACGAGUCUUCAGGGGCUGGUAAGCAUGCUACUUCUGCCGAACGGUUGGCCAAUUCAAGUCCUUCACUUGCUACAGUCGCGGAGUUGAGUAAUGGAAGAGCCAAUCUUGAAUCAGGUCCUGCUGGUGCUUCCUCAAAACCAAUUAAUGUUGUCGCCAGUGAUGAUGGGAUUGCAGUAGGUUCCAGUAAAGAAGUUUUGCCACCAACAGAGCCUUGUGAGCUUCCUAGGCCAGUCGUAUCAGCAAAUGGGGUUGUGACGGAGGGUAGUAAAGGUCACAGAUACAAUGAAGAAUCAAAUACUCAGUUCAAAAUUGAAAGAGAGGAAGGAGAGUUGUCUCCAAAUGGAGGAGAUUUUGAGGAGGAUAAUUUUGCCGCAGUCUAUGGAGAAGCUGGUUCAGAGGCUGUUAGUGCUGCAAAUAAACAUACUAAAGAGGGUGGUGCUCCAAGCAGCAGCAGGCAUUAUCAAGGACAAACCAACGGGGAAGAAGAUGAAAAGCGGAAUGGAGAAGCAGCAGUAGAAAAUGAUGCUGAUGAUGAAGGUGAGGAAAGUGCUCAAAGGACAUCAGAGGACAGUGAAAAUGCCUCUGAAAAUGCUGCUGAUGUCUCCGGGAGUGAGUCUGGUGAUGGUGAAGAGUGCUCCAGGGAAGAAGAGCAUGAAGAAGAAGAUGGGGAUCACGAUGAUGAAAAUAAUAAUAAAGCCGAGAGUGAAGGCGAGGCCGAAGGCAUGGCUGAUGCUCAUGAUGUGGAGGGAGAUGGAACAACAGUUUUACCAUUUUCAGAAAGAUUCCUCUUCAAUGUGAAACCUCUAGCAAAGCACGUCCCUCUGGCAUUGCAUGAUGGAGAGAAGGGUUCACGAGUUUUCUAUGGGAAUGAUUCGUUUUAUGUGCUUUUUAGACUUCACCAAACUUUGUAUGAAAGGAUACAAUCAGCGAAGAUCAACUCAUCAUCUGCUGACAGGAAAUGGCGAGCAGCUUCAAAUGAUACAAGUUCCACCGAUCUGUAUGCUAGGUUUAUGAGUGCACUUUACAACCUUCUUGACGGAUCUUCCGACAACACAAAAUUUGAGGAUGACUGCCGAGCUAUAAUUGGGACACAGUCAUAUGUCUUAUUUACAUUGGAUAAGCUUAUAUAUAAGCUAGUCAAACAGCUCCAAACAGUGGCAACUGAUGAGAUGGACAACAAGCUACUGCAGUUAUAUGCUUAUGAAGAGUCGAGAAAAGCUGGAAGGUUUGUUGACAUAGUUUAUCAUGAGAACACACGUGUCCUCCUUCAUGACGAGAAUAUAUAUAGAGUUCAAUGCUCUUCGGGACCAACCCGGUUGUCCAUUCAGCUGAUGGACUUUGUACAUGACAAGCCUGAGGUGACUGCAGUUUCUAUGGAUCCAAACUUCGCUGCGUACCUCCAGAGUGACUUCCUCUCUGUUGUUUCAGAGAAGAAAGAGAAACCUGGGAUUUUCUUGAAGAGGAACAGACGUAGGAAUGCCGUUGUUGAUGAAUUUCAAGCCAUGGAAGGAUUUCAGAUUUUCAACGGUUUAGAGUGCAAGAUUGCUUGCAGUUCUUCCAAGGUAUCUUAUGUCUUAGACACGGAAGAUUAUUUGUUCCGGACGAGAAGAAAAGGAAGGAGAACCCUCCCACAGAACUGCUCGUCAUCCGUCAGUAAUCAAGGAAAGAGCUGCGAAAGACUAGAGCGGUUCCAGAGGUGGCUAUCUAGGUCAUAGUACAUGAUACUCUACUCAUGGUUCCCCCUUCUUUAACGUCCUGAUAAGAACACUGCAUUUUUAUUUUGGGAUGAGUUUUACGUGCAACUAGCGGCGGGCAUCGGAUGAAACGAAUGCGACAGUCAGGCAGCAGAGGGAUGCACGUACUUCUCAGAAAUUUCGUUGGGUCUUCUUCCCUGUCGAGGGAAGGGCGAAAUAAAAAAGCCAAUUAGAAGAGGAAAAGGCAGUAGCAGACUAGCAGCAGCUGGCAAGGUGAUGGGGCUGCGUGAUUGAAAUGUAGUAUAGCUUUUGUACGUUAGAAGGCCAAAGCAUUUUGAGCCAUCAAAAUGCUUUUCUUUCUUCUUCUCUUAAGUUUUUGUACAUAGAGAAGGUAAAGAAGAAUGUGAUCAUGUAAUACCUGGAGAUAGAUAUCCCUUCAUCAGAUAGACAUUCAUGAUGUAUUGUUCAUCUCAUUUAUCAUUCAUUUUUCUCUAACGUUCCCACGCCUCAGUUCAGCCAGGCCAUGCUUGCUUUUGUCACGGGUGUACCAUUACAAAUCGCAGAGUACAGCCGGUUCAAUAGUUAUGAGGAUCGAGGAUUGAACAACAUUGUAUCAAUUCGAACUGAUUCGGUCUAAAUAUUAAUUCGGGUGAUAAAAUUCAUGAUCAAAGAAUCGGAUGCGGAUUGGCACUGACAAGCAGAACAAAACCCAACUUGGGGAAACAAUUUUGUGAAGGAAGACUUUCAUCCAGCAAGUUCACUGAUGGGAGAACGAUCCAUGAUAUCUGCAGCAGACUUGGCAUUGCUCUUCAGAGCCGGGUCGACAUCAGGCAACUUGGGAAUCUGCGCCAGCAAGUCGACCGUCCUCCUCAAAAGCCUCGCUAGAUCCCCAUCGUCCAUGGCGCAAUCCAUCGUCAUCUCCCUCCAGCUUAACCCAGAAGCCCACGCCUCCACCAUCCCGGCAAACUGGCUGUCCAAGAAGCAAGAAAUCCCCACCCCGUGCCUCUCCUGAAUCUUCACAAACCGACUCCUCUGCUCCUCCAGCGCUCCCACCACGCGAAUCACCACGCUUGAGGGCUCGUAGAUGUAGCUGCUGUUCUCGUGGACGCGCACUUUGAUCCCUUCGGAGACCACGCUCGCACACACCCCUGCCAGCUGCGACGGCUUCAGGUCCAGUAGGAUCCUAUUCCGAACCACCAUUGCCAGCCACAGCUCGUUCUCCCCACGAAUCACCGCUGCAGUCUCCCCCAGUGGGAAGAUCAUCUGUGUGUUUAUGUCCAAUGCCCUGAGCUCGUGCACCACGUUGCAUAUCUUCAGGAACUCUUUCCAUCCUGACGGUUCGAUCUCCCUGAUCCUUUCUGACAACCUGGCUGACCUCAUCUUCAGACGCUUGAUCUUGUCCUGUGUCGCGUUCUUCCGUUCCAGGAUCUUUUUGUACUCUCUGAAUCCUUCUGUUCUCGAUAUUCUUUUCUUCAACCUCGCCACCUUGUUACGUUGGUCCUUGUACUGCACCACGGCAUCGUGGUAAGCUUGUGACUUGUGCAGUAUCUCGUCGUUCUCGGACAGACUGGUUAGAACGGGGACGUUUAAGCUCCAUGACCAUGUUUCCAGAGAUCCUUCUGAGAACCACAAUCCCCCCAGUUCAGAAUCAGCUAUCUUUUCCCAUUGCUUCUCCUCUUUUUCCAGAAGCAUCCACAUGGCUUCUCGGGGCAAAGCGUCGCCUUGUGCCAAUGGAACGUUGGGGAAGCCAGUCCUGUAAACAGUUCUGAUCCAUUUCUCUGUGAAGAGAUACCAUGAAUUGUCCGACCCCAAUGCUAAAUGAUAAGACGGUUCCAUCACGUCAGGAGUUUCUUCUUCGUCGGCAUCAGCAUCACUUAACUCGCUGGGUACAGGAACCGAAUCGUCGACAGAAACCAAGUCCAUUAGCUUCGAGCUACUGAAGGAAUCGGCCUUCCCCAAGUAAACAGCAGGAACAGAAUGUUCAACUCCAUCCGAGUCUUUGUAAUGUAAGCACAAAAAGAGUAACUGGUCAUUUCCCAUUUCCGCGAGGAGACUUUUUAGCGCAUUCAAUCUUUGUACUUCCACCACUCUUCUUAGUUCAGUCCGAAGGCGUUUUUCUUCUCUCAGCUGUUCCUGAAGUAGUACGAUUUCUUUAUAUGCCCACUCUGGUAAGAUCUGGCGGCUCCUUCUAUCUACUGCCUCGUCGCUAAUUUCUGACGUCAAAAUCUCAAUCUCUUUCUGGAUUCUCGAGAGCUCCUCUUUGGAAGCAACCAUGACGUUGCUACCAAUGUACGUUCCGAAACUUCUCUCCACCAGUUUCUUCGCUUCCUCUAAAGUUCUCCCUGCCUGGAGAGGCUCUGUGUCACCAGACUCGUUCAGUCUACGAGUGACUCUAGAACCAGCAAGCAAGUUCAGAACCAUCCCAUAGGAAGCAGUGAACUGUGAAACAAGUGGUUCUAGUCCAGCAAACAGAAGUUUGCAGGCUUCUUCAGCGCCUUCAGUGGAGCUUUGAAUCAGGACGACAUUGCCCUUUUCGUCAAUGCCUCUCCGUCCAGCCCGGCCAGCCAUUUGAAGCAGCUCAUUUGGGCUUAACUGAAUACGACCACUGGCAUUCCUCUUACUGAUGGAUGAGAUGACAGCUGUUCUGGCAGGCAUGUUGAUCCCAGCAGCUAAGGUUUCCGUAGCAAAGAUGACCUUAAUGAGUCCUCUCUGGAACAAUUCCUCGAUGAAUGAUUUCCACAAAGGUAGACAGCCAGCAUGAUGAGCAGCAAUUCCUCUUCGAAGUCCUCUGAUGGCAGUCUCACGGACGGCAUCAGGAUUCUGAAGAGUAAACUUCUUGAGAGCAAGUUCAACCUCAGUCGUUUCACAUUCAUCCAAGAGCUUGCAACCUUCAAGAUACUUCACAGAAGCAUCACAUCCUCUUCGGUUGAAGAUGAACCAGAUUGCUGGCAGCAUAUCUCUCGCCCUGAGCUGACCUAAUGUGUCAACGACAAGAGGGACCAAUGAGCGUCGGAUUCUGCUUAUAUCAUUUUUUGAAAGGGACUCUUCAGGAUUCAUGAGAUUGCUAUCAUAAUCGUUUCGACCUCUACGUUUUCUUGGAUUCCUUCUCCUUGGCCACUCAUCAUCUUUAUAUGAUCUAGAUCCUGGGGCAGAAAGCUGCAAGUAAUUAAGGGAUAAUUUCCUGUUCAUGCGCUUUCCUUUGUCUUUCUCGUCAAGAAGAGGUAGCAGAGAAGUCUUUGUAGAGAAAUGCCAAGUUAGUGGAACUGGACGUCUGGCAGAUGUCACCAAUUCAGUUUCUCCGUGCACCUCACGUAUCCAACCAGCGAGCUCAUCUGGAUUCUUUACAGUUGCUGACAGACAUAUCAACUGAACCUCCUUAGGGCAGUAAAUAACAAUCUCCUCCCACACUGUUCCUCGAGAUAUAUCACUUAGAUAAUGAACUUCAUCUAGGACAAUCACGUCCACAAAGAGGAGUCCACUACCCGAAGAAACUGUCCCAAUGCUUUGGUACAGCAUAUUACGCAGAAUUUCUGUAGUCAUGAUCAAAAUCUGAGCAUCUUUAUUGACAGCAGAAUCUCCAGUGAGAAGACCGACAUUGUCAUCUCCAAACGUCUCCCGGAAAUCGCGGAACUUCUGAUUGGACAAUGCCUUAAGCGGAGUGGUAUAGAAUAUCCUCCUUCCUCGUGCCACUGUAGCCACCGCAGCAGCUUCAGCUAUCAACGUCUUCCCGCUGCUGGUAGGAGCAGAGACCACGACCGAGGAGCCCCUCAAGAAUGCUUCUACAGCUAACCGCUGAAAUUUGUCGAUUCGGAAAUCAUAGAUAGAAGCGAGCUCAUCAACGUCAAUAAUCUCAUCCCCGAACUCUUUGACUACAGCACGGAGGCGCUCGACUCUCUGCAACUUCGUCUCCUCGCGCCAAGCCGAGAUCUCUCCCGUCGCCAUCGAUACUUCGGUUUCAUCUUCGUUUGGUUCGACUCCGUCGUCCUCGUCCUCGUCGUAGUCGUAUUCAUCGGCAGCUUCCUCAUCAUCGUCGUCGUCUUCUUCUUCGUCAUCGUCGUCCUCUUCUUCUCGGUCGUCGGCGUCGUAGAGCUGCGAUUCGGCGGGGAAAGUAGAGUUGGGGGACUUGGAGUGGAGCCGCCGUGGAGCGAGUGAAUUUGAGGAUUGCGAGGGGAUCAACCUAGGGCGGCAGAAGGCUAGGGUUUGGGAGAGAGGUUGGAAGUAUGGAAAUGAAGUAGAGACGAUGAAGGGGAGGGAAAGUGAAGAAGAAAGUUGAAGAGGUAAGAGGAUAGGGAGUGAUUUCAUGGCGGGAGAGAGGGAUAGUGAGGCUCGCCGUGUUUUCCCUCUUU